AUGGACGAGAAUGCGGCGGCGGCCGCGCUGCCAGGAGAGGGGCUCAGCCCAGAUUGGCCGGGGGCCCGGUUCCUGGCUCCCUCCCCGUCAUGUCAGGCGCCCAUUGCCCGGCUGUCCACUCGAUGGAUGCUGCGCAAGUGUCGCCGGCCUGCUGCCUCCUGGCUCCUGGCCGGCGCUUCAAUACGCCGAUCGACCAACCCACCGCCAGCCGUCCCUGUUCCAGACUCCAAUCCUACAAUGGCGCCAAGGAAAAGCCCGCGAGAAUUCUUCGGCAAGGGGAAAGCGACGGGCUCCGAACAAUGCAACGAGAGGAUCAAUGAUUCUGCUGUCUUCAAAAAAGGCACACCCAAGGUGCUGAAGGAGUACGAUCGCAUGAUCGGCCUCUGGAAUCAGUAUGCUGAAAACCAUGCUCAAGACCAAGACCAGCCAAGCCCUUACAAGGUCAAAUCCUUGAAGGACUUCGUUAAGGAGAUUGCAUUCGGCAUCGACGGCGUAGAAGGCGAUCCGAACCCUGGGCAGGGAAUAGUCCUGCUGUACUGGAAGCAGUUCAUGGCCGGUUGGCGCCGCAAGCACGAGGCCAUCCCCCCUAACAUCACGCUGACUGUGACAAACUUCAUCAAUUCCGAGUUGCCCGAAAUACUCAAACAAGAAAGCAAAAUCAGCUGGGUCGAAUACGAGAAACCUGCGACAAGAGUUUACGAUUGGGCCGACUACAUGGCCAUCGUUUGUUCUUUUGCGCGCAUCGGCGAGUACAUCGAGUCGUCCUGUCGGCCAGGCUCCGGCCGUGGCUUGUACUAUAAGCUUGUCCGAGAUGCCAAGGGCACGACAGACACCUUUGACAAAAGGUACACUUUCUCCCCUGAAACGCCAGCUGAAUUCUGUUUCUCAUUUGUGGUCCAGGCCUGA